AUGAGCGAAGAUGCGGCCGACGAACCGGGUAUUCCAAGAGCUGCGUUGAACAAGCUGGUCAAGGAGGCGCUACCGCAGAUCCGAAUCGCGAACGACACUCGCGACAUGCUGCACGCAUGCUGUCUGGAGUUCAUCGAACACAUCGGCAGCGAGGCGAACCGCAUAUGCGCUCAAGAGCUGAAGAAGACGAUCACGCACGAGCACGUGCUCAAGUGUAUGCCUUAUGUUGCUCGUUGUUCAGCCUUAUUAACCGCGUCUUUCGUUGUUGUAGCAUUGCAGAGCCUCGGUUUUGCGCAGCGGCGUCAACGUCGCCAGAGCUCACGGCUGGACAAAUGCGGAAUCCCCGAAGAUGAGCUAUUGAAGCAGCAACAGGAGUUGUUUGACAAGGUGAAUCGUUGCUUUCGACUUCCGUUUCCGCUUCACUGCAAGCUGUCGACUAUCAGAUCUGUAUCAGCUGCUCAACUAGAAUGUCAUAGUACCGAGGUUCCUUUCACUGUUUUGAUCAGACUUCGCCAAUCCUACUAAAA